UACGGCCGCUCGCUGGUCCGCCUCCCGGCGCUGAAGGAAGACAACAUGGAGACAGCUGGUAAAGUGAUCAAGUGCAAGGCAGCUGUUGCCUGGGAGCCUGGGAAGCCUCUGUCCAUUGAGGAGGUGGAGGUGGCCCCGCCGAAGGCCCAUGAAGUCCGCAUCAAGAUCGUUGCUACAGGGGUGUGUCACACCGAUGCCUACACUCUGAGUGGCAGUGACCCUGAGGGACUCUUCCCUGUCAUUUUGGGACAUGAAGGUGCUGGAACAGUGGAGAGCGUUGGUGAGGGUGUCACUAAAUUCAAGCCAGGUGAUACCGUCGUCCCGCUGUACGUGCCGCAAUGUGGUGAAUGCAAAUUCUGCAAAAAUCCUAAGACCAACCUUUGUCAGAAAAUCAGAGUGACCCAAGGUCAGGGCCUGCUCCCUGACAAGACCUCCCGCUUCACUUGCAAGGGAAAGCAAGUGUUUCACUUCAUGGGGACCAGCACCUUCUCAGAGUACACCGUAGUGGCCGACAUCUCUCUGGCCAAGGUUAAUGAGAAGGCUCCACUGGAUAAGGUGUGCCUUCUUGGAUGUGGCAUCUCUACAGGUUACGGUGCUGCUAUUAACACUGCCAAGGUCGAGCCCGGUUCCACAUGCGCCGUGUUUGGCCUCGGAGCUGUCGGUCUGGCCGUCAUCAUGGGCUGCAAGGUUGCCGGGGCAACUAGGAUUAUUGGCGUAGACAUCAACCCUGGGAAGUUUGAGAAAGCCAAGGAGUUUGGAGCCACUGAAUUUGUGAACCCGAAGGACCACAGCAAGCCCAUCCAGGAGGUUCUGGUGGAGAUGACAGAUGGGGGUGUGGACUAUUCGUUUGAGUGCAUUGGAAAUGUGCAGAUCAUGAGAGCUGCACUGGAGGCGUGCCACAAAGGUUGGGGUGAAAGUGUCAUCAUCGGUGUAGCCGGAGCUGGACAGGAAAUCUCCACCAGACCGUUCCAGCUGGUGACAGGCCGAGUGUGGAGAGGCACAGCCUUCGGCGGGUGGAAGAGCGUGGAGAGCGUUCCUAAACUGGUAGAAGACUACAUGAAUAAGAAGCUGAAGGUGGACGAGUUUGUGACCCACACGCUGCCAUUUGAGAAGAUCAAUGAAGGAUUUGAUCUAAUGCAUGCUGGAGAGAGUAUCCGUGCAGUGCUGACUUUCUGAAGUGCCUAAACUGACAUCCUUCACAUCCGGCCUUUUAAACAAUCUCCUUCCAUAGAUGCAGCACUUGGUCGCCUGCACUUGUUUUGAUAACGCAUCUUUCAGUGUUAGACAUUUUCUAUUACCAGCAGGAUGUAUAUUAGAAACUGACUAAACAGCGUCAAUAAAAACUGUUGAAAAAUCAAA